CGUUUUCCAACUCUCGACUCUCCAACAACCAUACACCUUUUCAGAAAACACAUAUCCACCAUGGCUCGAAAGUUCUUUGUCGGCGGUAACUUUAAGAUGAACGGCUCUCUCGAGUCUGUCGAGAAGAUUGUCCGAUCCAUCAACGACGCCAACCUCGACGGCACCAACGAAGUCGUCAUCGCCCCCCCUGCCUUGUACCUCCUCAAAGUCCAGUCCGAGCUCAACGCGCCCACCCAAGUCUCUGCCCAGAACGCAUUCACCGAGUCGUCUGGUGCCUUUACCGGUGAGAUUGCGCCCCAGCAGUUGAAGGAUGCGAAUGUGCACUGGGUGAUUUUGGGGCAUUCCGAGAGGAGGAGUUUGUUUGGGGAUACGGACAAGUUGGUCGCUGACAAGACCAAGGCCGCCAUCAACGCCGGCCUCUCCGUCAUUGCCUGCAUCGGCGAAUCCCUCGAAGAACGCGAAUCCGACAAGACCAUGACCGUCGUUGAGCGUCAGCUUGAGGCUAUCGCUGCUGCUAUUGACGUUGAUGCUUGGAAACGGAUCGUCAUUGCUUACGAACCCGUCUGGGCUAUUGGCACCGGCAAAGUCGCCACCGUCUCCCAAGCGCAAGAAGUCCACGCUGCCAUCCGCUCCUGGCUCUCUCGCCGCGCUUCCCCCGAGAUUGCCGACUCGACCCGUAUCAUUUACGGCGGUUCCGUCAAUGGCAAGAACUGUGGCAAGUUGAGUGCGGCAAAGGAUAUUGAUGGGUUCCUUGUCGGCGGAGCCAGUUUGAAACCCGAGUUUAUCGAUAUCUGCAAGUCUGGCAAGAAGGCGUAAGGUCCCUAAUGCCGGAUGCAGGGGAGGGAAGAGAAGAGAAAAAAAAAAGCAUUUGGGUGUGGAAGAGAGGAUAAAGAAGUAGAUAUGAAUACAAAGUAUGAACAGGAAACCGGAUGCAACUUGUCCAAGUUUU